AUGACGGCAUUUUCAGGUUCUCCUUCAAAAUCAAGCAAUAAUAAUUCUUUCUUAAGCCGUUAUGUGGAAAACUUAGGCACUGAUGUGGCUCCGCCUCUGAGACCGCUGUCAAGCUCUAAGAUUAACUCUUCGUCAAAUUUAGCGUCACCAAGUCACCUAAAAAAUAAGACGUCGGCUAGCAACAACUCUACGGCACUUUUAUCACAAAAAGUAGAAAGUACAAUAUCAAAGCAGAAACCAUCCCUUCCUAACAAACUCGUAGGAAAAUAUACGGUAGACUUAAGUAAUUAUUCGAAAAUAGAAUUAAGGUACUACGAGUUUUUAUGCAGGGUCUCAGAAGUCAAGAUAUGGAUUGAAGCUGUUAUUGAGGAAGCAUUACCAUCAGAAAUAGAGUUAUGUGUUGGAGACGCAUUAAGAAAUGGUGUUUUCUUGGCCAAGCUAACCCAAAGGAUAAAUCCAGAUUUAGCAACGGUUAUAUUUCCUGCUGGUGGUAAACUACAAUUUAAACACACUCAGAACAUUAAUGCCUUUUUUGGCUUAGUGGAACACGUUGGUGUUCCAGACUCCUUUAGAUUCGAACUACAAGAUCUCUACAACAAGAAAAAUAUCCCCCAGGUUUUUGAAACCUUGCAUAUCCUUAUAUCAAUGAUCAAUAAAAAAUGGCCAGGCAAAACGCCCGCUUUAACGAAUGUAUCUGGCCAAAUAAGUUUUACUAAAGAAGAAAUCGCAGCCUGUAAAAAAACAUGGCCUAGGAUAAGGGAUUUCAAGUCCUUGGGAACAAAUAUCAAUGCCGCACCAGCUUCGCCUAAGGAAUCAAAAGAAAAAAGAAGCGGAUUGAUAAAAGACUUUAAUAAAUUUGAAAGGCCGAAUAUACCAGCGGAAGAGGUGUUAAUUACCCCAAGAAAGAAUAUAACUGAUGCUAAUAAUUAUGAUUCUUAUCAUACAUCUUCACCACAUUAUGAACUGCCAAAAAUGUCAACCUCGGAUGUCAUUAUUGAGAAGAGGAAAUUCACACCCAUUGAACCGAGUCUUUUAGGCCCCAUGCCAUCUUUAGAAUAUAGCCCCAUUAAAAAUAAAAGUCUUUCAUAUUAUUCUCCUACCAUCUCGAAAUACUUGACGUAUGAUACAGAUUUCUAUACUAGAAGGAGUCGUGCAAGAGAGGAAGAUUUGAAUUAUUACGAGACUUUCAAAUACUCACCUUCUCAUUAUUCUCCUAUGAGAAGAGAAAGGAUGACAGAGGAGCAAUUUUUGGAGAAGGUGGUACAACUGCAAAACAUCUGUCGAGGAGUUAAUACUCGUUUCAACCUAUACAUUCAAAAAAGAUUGCUGAGCCUUUUUGAACAAGAUAUAUUAAAAUUUCAAGCACGUCUAAGAGGAUAUAAGUUUAGACAGUUAUCGCCGGUUUAUUUACCAAUAAGAAGAGCAAAGAUUGACGUUCCUCAUGUCGUGGAGAUUCAGUCCCAAAUCAAGGGUAGUAGAAUUCGAUACCAAUACGAUAAAUUGAAAUUUACACUGUCAAGGUAUUCAUGUACUGUCGAACUUUUCCAAGCAUAUUGUCGGUCAAAAUUGUUGAAGACAAACGUUAACACAAAGUUAAAUGAUAUCGAGAUUUCUUAUCAACCUUUGAUAAAAUUGCAGUCGCACAUGCGUGCUUCUCAUGUAAGAAAAAAGGUGAUGUCCCUCAACACAAAGUUAAAGGAUGAACGAGAAAGUAUUAUGAGCUUCUCAGCAAUCAUCAGAGGCAAUGCUGUAAGAAGUUCAGAGGACGCGAUAUUAACCGCUAUGCAUGAAGUACAUAAAGAAAAUAUUGCGAAUUUGCAAAGUUUGAUUAGGGGAAAAUUUACGCGUUCGUGCUUGGAAUCAUUAAUAUAUUCACUAAAAGAAGAAAACUGUAAUAUUAUUCAAUUAUCUGCCUGUAUGCACGGCAAGGCUUUAAGGCAUAAAAUAAGGUCACUGUUUGGGCCCGAGGAUAAUCUCGAUGGAACCGUACACGAUCUUCAAGGUUUAGUUAGAGGUAUCUUGGUCCGUUACACAUUAGAUUUAGUGGAUGACAUUGUGGAAUAUAAUAAUUUAGCAAUAUUUCAAGCGUUUUCUAGAGGCGCCUUGGUACGCCAAAGCUUGGAUCAAAAAUCGAGUUUUUACAAGAGGAAUGUAAGAUCGAUUAUUAUGAUUCAAAGCUGGAUUAGGAAAAGUCUGCAAAGGUCAGCAUAUUUGGAACUUCUAGACUGUCCAAAUCCAAGUCUUUGGGCUGUCAAAAAAUUUGUUCCUUUACUCAAUGGAAGAGCUACCAUUGAAGAGGUACAAAAUGAGUUGGAAAGUUGCCAAGCCUCUCUUGAUUCUGAGAAUAUGAAGAAGGAACGAUUACUGAAAAGCAUAAGACAACAACUAAACAUGAACGGAGUAUUGGAAAAAUAUGGACUGUUAAAAGAUAGAGACCAUGAACUCGGCAUAUCCGACUCCAGGAUACCGAAGUCUAAAUACCCAAAAUAUGAGAAACUUUUUUAUAUGCUGCAAGUUGAUCCCUCUUAUUGGAAAUUAUUGUAUUCGAAAGAGCCAGACUUUGUUGCCAAGAAUGUUUAUAUGACAUUUGGGACAGUAAAUCAAAGGAUGAAUGAAAGAGAAAGGACAUAUUUUACGAGAUUCGUUUGUGAAAUGCUACAAAGUGCGAUUAAUGAAGCUCCAAGCAUUGGAAGCUUUCUUGGUAACCGAUCGCAAUUUUGGCAAACCAUUCUUCAAGAUUUUUUGAAAAGAGAGUUUCCAGAAUUCUUUUCUAUAAUAGUCCCAGUUCUGGACUACUUGACAGAUCCGGUAGUAGAUUUUGAAAGUGACCCAUAUAAAAUUUAUCAAGAAAUACACGGCUUUAGCUCACCUCAGCAUUGUUCGCCUGUGGACGAUACAAGUACCAAGAAUAAGUUUAUUGAAAACUUAAGGUGUUUAUGGCACACGAUUGAAAUGGUGGCUGAAAUUUAUACCAGGAAGGUCCACACUAUUCCCGUUGAAAUCAGGUACCUUUGCACCAAAAUUUUCUGCUAUGCUGCCGAUAAGAAUACUGAGGAGAUUGAUUCCUUGAGAGCUAUAUCAAGUAUCCUGGUGAACGUAUUUGUCUCUGAGUAUUUGGUCAAUAGGAAGUAUUACGGAUACAAAGACAGCAACAUUCAAAAUAAUAAUCAAAAAAUUGAGACUCUAAUUAAAUCCUUGGCAACUGUUUUUGAAAUGAAAAAUUUCGAUGGUUUUUUGGAUCCAUUGAAUCAGUAUGCUAACGAAAUAAAGCCACAUAUCAAAGAUGUCCUUUAUAAUGUGUUAGUAGAUCCAGAGUAUGAACAAGAGGGAGAUAGAUUGAUUUAUCUAGAUAUGGUAUCACCGAGCCCGAAACUGGAAUUAUUAACUGAAAAGGUUUUGGAAAUCAGUAGCAAAUUCGAAGAGUAUUUAAGUGAAUUUCCGGAAGCUGAUAUUUUGCACGAUAUUUUGGAAAAGGAUUUGGAUAGUUCAUCCUUCCCAAGAUCUGGACGCACCACUUUGGAAUUGGAUGCAUCUGUAUAUCGAUUCUUGGUUAGUGAUGACAAGAUGAGGAAAAUCUAUGACCAAGUUAAAAGGGCAUUUGUGUACAUGAUGCAGAUCGAAGACGUAGAUACCAAUUUGUAUGACCUUUCGACUAGCACAAUUUUACCUCAAGAUGAACCAAAUUUUGCAAAUCUUUUGAAGGAAAAUCCUAAAAUCAGAGAUGACCCAAUGAUACAGAAGCUGAAGCCAUUAGAAUACUUCACAUUAAAGAAUAUUACUUUGAAAAAAAUUCAUGAACUAGAAAGCACAGGGACUUUUUGCUCUUCUGACAAUAAGUUGCAAAAUUUCUUAAACGAUAUUGCUAACACAAUUAAAAAUCCCAACUAUGCCAUCGAUUAUGUAACCCAGGAAAUUUAUAUCACAAAAGAAACACUUACGAAAAUUUCGGAAAUGAACCACAGCUUAGAUAUAGAAUUAUCAAGGUUGAAAAAACACAUUGACCAUACUAUAAGAGAUUUCCAGAAGGCUAGGGAUUUUUCGCCAGUGCAUAAAAGUAAAUUUGGAAAUUUUAAGAAUGCGGUUAAAAAAGUUCAAGGAAGAGAGCGUUCCGAAUUACAGGGAAUGAAGUUUAAAUGGAGCACAAAGCAGUUGUAUGAAAGAGGCGUGCUUAAAAACAUCAGAGGUGAAAAAUUAGCUGAACUGACUGUAAAAGUCUUUGGUUCGAGCGGUCCUAAAUUCCCAGAUAUAAUAUUUAAAAUUUCCACAUCAGAUGGUUCCAAAUUCGGUAUUCAAAUGAUUGAUAAAAGAAAAGGACCUGAUAAACGAUACUCGGACGAUGUUGAUUCUUUUUCAUUUAAGGACUUGAUGAAGACUCAAGUUGAACCAAAAGUCGAGACAUGGAAAUUAUUCCAUUCCAACAUUGUUGUUAACAAUAGCCAAUUACUGCAUUUGGUUGUAAGUUUUUUCUAUAAAAGAGACUCUCUGUAA